AUGUGCGAAAAGCCCUUCACAGGGCGUUUAGGCAACCAAACCGCGCUCCUAACCGUCUUUGCUGUGACGCCUGGCGACGUUGUCGAUACCGCAUCAUUGCGGGCAAGAAUUGCCCAAUAUACCGAGACCGACGACGUGUUCCAUCCAAGAUUUCUCGCGGGCAUCAUCUUCCAAGGCGCCGAGAAGUCCCAGCUUCACGUCAAGCUGGAACCGACCGACGCUUUUCGAGAAUGGGGCCUCGAGUGGAUGCACUUUCAGUCGUCCGCGAAGGACUCGGCUCCGCUGCCGCCGGGUCCAUACAUGGUGCGAGAUGGCGAGUUGUUCCAGGUGUGGAGGCUCUACAGCGAUAACAACUUGGCUUUCAUUCAGUCGGUUUGGCCUACAAUCGGCUCAUCAGGCGAAUAUACACAAGUUUCUUUCGCCGGGAAUGGAUACCGUACCUUAGCUAUCGCAACACCCUCUCGGUUAUAUACAUCGUGGCCAGAACGACUGCCUUUGGACGGCGUGCGAAUUGGAAUCAAGGAUCUUUAUCAUCUGAAGGGGCUCCGAACUUCACUUUGCAACCGUGCCUUCAAUGAACUGUACCCACCACAAUCCACCACUGCCAAGACCAUCGUACAUCUCAUAUCGAAGGGUGUUCAAGUUGUUGGCAAAAAUCACCUUAGCUCUUUCGCGUUAGAAGAACACCCUACACAGAGCAUUGACUAUGAGUCGCCCUUCAACCCCCGUGCGGACGGUUAUCAGAUUACAGGUGGAAGCAGUAGCGGAAGCGCGUCAGCUGUCGCAUCCUAUGAUUGGUUAGAUUUUGCGAUCGCUACUGAUGGUAAGCACCUUCCUCGGCCUCUUUGGAAUGGAUGUUUUGGGCUGCGACCGUCAACAAAUGCCAUAUCUACGGAGGGCGUUGUUUCUGUAUAUCCCGGAUUCGAUACACCAGGACUCCUCGGACGAGAUCUGGAGAAAUUUCACCAUUUUGUAUCCGUAUGGUAUGGACAAGAGACGGGAAACACGCCCAUUUCAGCUCCCAAGCUAUUGAUUCCCACAGACUUCUUCACGGGAAUAAAUUCAGACCAAUCCAGACUCAUCAAUAACUUCGUCAAAGAUCUCGAGAGGAGUUCAGGCACGGUCGCAGAACGUCGCUCUAUCGCUGAAACUUGGUCACAUUCGGCACCGGUAGACGAGCCUGAUCUCAGCGUGUAUCUUCAAAAUGCAACACUUUGCAGCUUCUAUUAUACUGCCUUCCAUGUCUUUGAUGAUUUUCGAACGUCUUACGAAAAGGAAUUCGGUCGAAAGCCUUUCGUAACGGAGACGAAUCGAUGGCUCUGGAAGCUCGGCGAACAAGUUUCCCGAGAGCAGUAUGAAGAUAUGAAUCGUAGACUAUCGAUUUUCAAACAGUGGUUCCUGAAACACUACAUGAAGGCUGGUGAACAGAAUUCGAUCUUGGUACUCCCUCUCUCCGAUGUGAAGCCCAACUACCGUGACGUCUAUCCUGGAGCCAAUAGUACACCACGUACUGGGCUGCGACCGACGUACCUCAGUGCUUAUCUUGGAGCGCCAGAGCUCGCCCUACCGAUUGGGCACAUCGAGUACAUGUCGAGAAUUUCAGGAAAUGCCGAGUCUCUGCCAGUUGCUGUUUCUUUGAUGGGCCCGCCUGGUACUGACCUAGCUCUCAUUCAGCUGACGGUCGAUUCACUGAAACAAGCGAAUCGCCCUACGACAGUUCGUGCUGGGACUGCGAGAAUGUGGGAUCAUACCGAUUCGAAUAAUUCCAUUCAAGCAUAAGGAGACUGAAAACACGCCCUACGAACAGAUUCAUAUAGUACUGGGCAAUACCCACUCAAGUUAGACAGUACGUUGUAUGCCGGUCUGCCGUCAGUUUUGAAACCGUGUCCCGGGCCUCCGUCUGCGUAGAAAUCAGCAUCUGCGGCGGCAAAAGCAUGUAGACAACACCAACCUAAUUCACCCAUGGAUAGAAAUAACAUCCUACUCUCGAGAAACGUGAUAGGCCGGAG